CCAGAGUUCGACGCGUCCGGCCCUUGCCUUGUGCUUUGCUCCGUGCUUUGCUGGGUCAAUUCAUUGUUUAAGCCGAAGUUCUCAAGCUCCCAGUUGUCAACUAGCUAGGCAGUCGACUAGAUUUUACAAUAUGUCCGAUUACGAGGAUGAAAUGGAUGUGGACGUUCCGUCCAAGAACGCGAUCCAAUUCAGCUCCGAUAACACCAGUGCCAAAUCCAAAAGACCUGCAGCAGAUUUACCGAUUGAGGCCCAAGACAACCUUCCCUGGGUGGAAAAAUACCGACCGAAUACUUUGGACGAUGUUUCCGGCCAUCAGGAUAUCUUAGCUACGAUCAAUAAAUUUGUCGAAGCCAAUCGUCUCCCCCAUCUUCUGCUAUACGGCCCUCCCGGUACGGGCAAAACAUCCACGAUCCUAGCACUAGCACGACGCAUAUAUGGCAGCAAGAACAUGCGACAAAUGGUUCUGGAGCUCAAUGCCAGUGACGAUCGUGGUAUUGAUGUUGUUCGUGAACAGAUCAAGACUUUUGCCAGCACCAAGCAGAUCUUCUCCAUGGCGCCUGCGGCCGCCUCCGGUGGCUCCUCCCUCGCAUCCUUCAAGCUCAUUAUUCUCGAUGAGGCCGACGCGAUGACGGCAACUGCACAGAUGGCGCUGCGCCGGAUCAUGGAGCGGUAUACCGCUAACACUCGAUUUUGCAUCAUCGCCAAUUACACACAUAAACUCUCGCCGGCGCUCCUUUCGCGUUGUACCAGAUUCCGAUUUAGUCCCCUGAAAGAGCGGGACAUCAGAGUUUUGGUGGAUCAGGUCAUUGAGAAGGAGCAGAUCAACAUCCAGCCUGAGGCCGUGGAUAGCCUGGUCACGCUGAGCAAGGGCGAUAUGCGACGGGCCUUGAACGUCCUUCAGGCUUGCCAUGCGAGCAGCAAACCUCUUCCCAUGAAGGACGCACCUCAAAACCAGGCCCUUCCGGAACCCGAAACGAUCACGAAUGAAACGAUUUACGACUGCAUUGCCGCCCCUCACCCCUCUGACAUCGAAGAGAUCAUGCGCACGCUUCUGAAUACGAGUGAUAUUACCUCAUGUCUCAAUACGAUCAACACCAUCAAGACCAACAAGGGCCUCGCUCUGGCAGAUAUCCUGUCUGGGUUGGGAGACCAGUUGCAACGGGUAGAAGUUCCCGCACAAACCAGGAUCACCUGGCUGGAGGGACUGGCAGAGAUAGAAUGGAGACUGGCGGGCGGUGGAUCGGAGACGAUACAGACCGGCGGGCUGGUGGGUGUUGUACGGAAUGGCUGUGAAUUGAUGGACCGGUAGCCAUUUUUGCAGCAGAACAAUGCUAAGAAC